CGACGAACGACACCUGCAUGUAAGAUGCAGCGAUUGCCAUCGACAUCCGGUCUACAGAGGAGGAGGGGUGCAUAUCGCUGACUCGCUGUUGCAUUAAAAAGGCCUUAUUACGCGACCAUACCCAUACUAUUAGCUAAACUGCAGUGCAUGCUAGGGUUGCUAUCUAUUGACGCUAGCGAGAUAGCCCAUUCCACAUGCGGUGUUUGCUCCGUGCCGAUGUGCAUACAGUCUUACUCCGCAUUGACAUUGUAUCGGUCUUCACAAGGGUAGCGUGGAAACGAGUGUGAAGGCGAUGGGGCAGUGGGUCUGACAUGCAUGCAUAGUCCGAGGGCCCAGGCAAAGCGCAUGUUGGCAAUUAGAUAUUAGAUACCAGACACGAGACCACGUCCUGUCGCCCCCUGCCAUCUUCCACGCGAUACGAGAGUGUCUGACAAUGCUAUCCCUCGUCCUGGGCCUCGCAGUCCUGCCGAUCACGUUCGGGAUAUGGUCCUUGGUGAGCUUGUUCUCCCAGCUCGCCCGCGCCCGGUCCACUGGGCUGCCCUGUGUUAUAGUCCCCUGCUCGUGUCUGGGAGCCCCGUGGCUCCUGAGUCAGCCCAUUCUGCUUCCUAUCUUCCAGCUGCUGCCGACGUCCUGGACACAGAACUGGCUGCCUCUGCUGCGUUUUGAGCGCGGCUGGCACGAUGGCUACGAGCCCUUCGCUAAAGUCGGCGCCGAUACCUUCCUCACCGUCUCCCCAGGGGAUAUCGUCCUUUAUACAUGCGACCCAGAUGUCUCCUCGCAGCUUCUCCAUGACCAGCGCUUCGGCAAACCCGCACAUCUGAUGGGCGUCCUGAAUAUCUUCGGCCCGACCAUCGCUGGCACCGACGGACCCGAGUCGCGGUUCUACCGUCGCAUCGCCGCGCCGUUCUUCACGCAGCAGACCAUCCAGCGCGUGUUCACCCUCUCGGUCGCCGGUGGAAAGCAGCUGGGAAAGGCCCUGUGCCGGCCGUCAGCUUAUCGUCAGCUGAGAACCCUAACGGCGCGUCUGUCGCUGAAUCUGCUCAGUCAGAUUUGCUUUGACAACCAAGGCCAGGAUGACCUGGCCAAGGCCCUGCAAUUCCAAGAGGACCGACCGAAUCGGCAUAUCUUAAGCUAUAGUCAGGCCAUGCACUCGCUGCUGGACAACUAUAAGACGAUAUUCAUCUCCCCACGGUGGCUUCUGCCAGGAUGGUCGCCUGUUCGAACUCAUCGCCUCGCAGGCACGGCCUACACUGAGUUUAAUAGGUAUGUGCAGGACCUACGGAUAUCCGCAGAGACGACGGUGCGGGAGACUGGCUCGAAAGGCACCGGUCAAGACAAUCUCGCUGAGCGCUUCGUCAAGGCCGAACUCUCCGCCCCUCAGAUAUCCGGCAACCUGUUCUUAUUCAUGUUCGCCGGCCACGAAGCCAACGCCAACACCCUCACCUUCAUCAUCAUCCUACUAGCAUGUCACCCAUCAAUUCAACGAGCCAUGCAGUCCGAUCUAGAUAGCAUUUUCGGCAACAGCCCCGCUGAUAAAUGGUCCUUUGACACGCACCACCGCCCCCUGAUGACUAGUCUCGUUGGCGCCGUCAUCAACGAAGCCUUGCGCCUCUACACCCUCAUCCCUGUCCUGCCAAAGUGCGUCCCGCUCGACUCUCAGGGCAUUCCGAUCGUUGUACGCGGAGAGUCACACCGACUGCCACCGGGACUGGUCGCCUUGGUCAACACGAGUGCCAUGCACCGACAUCCGCGGUACUGGCCGCGGCGCGGGGACGAGGAGUUCGACCCUUAUAGAUGGUUGCAUGCGGACAUCACCGGGAGGACGCAUGGUGGAGAGCAGAAUGAGACGGGCUUUCUGGUCCCGCCGGCUGGAUCCUUCGUGCCUUUCUCGGAUGGAGCCAGGGGAUGUCUGGGGCAGCAUUUUGGGUUGGCGGAGCUGUGUGCUGUGGUGGCUGUUGUUUUUAAGCAGAAUUCUGUUCGUCUUCUGACGAGCGAGGAUGAGGCUAAUGGGUUUGUUGAUGGGUCUCCUGAGCUGUCGGAUUCCUGGGCCGAGGCGAAGGAACGCGCCGAGAAUGCACUCAGGGAGGGCGUGGAGUUCGAUAUGAGUUUGAGGCUGGUUCGCGAAGUUCCUGUUCGGUUUGACCAGCGGGUGUGACGCGUGUGUAGAUGGGAAUAUGAGAUGAAUUUCAUUCUACAUAUCGCAUGCACUUGGAGAAUAC